AUUGGCAUCCAGGAGGCAGGGAGCCAGCCCCUGGGCGCGGCCUGCAGGGGGCAGGCGAUCGCCUGGGGAAGCGGGGGCAGGACGAGCCCCAAGAGCCAGCAGCUCCCGCUUCGCAGACGCAGGGACCGCUCUGCGCCCGCCCGGUGCGUCCUCCUUGGCCAGAGAACUCGCGCUGCCCCGCUGCUGCCAUGUGUGCGGCUCAGACGCCGCAGCUGGCGCUCAUCUUCCGAGGGACUUUCGUCCACUCCACCUGGACCUGCCCCAUGGAGGUGCUUCGCGAUCACCUCCUCGGCGUGAGCGACAGCGGCAAAAUAAUGUUUCUAGAAGAAUCAUCUCAGCAAGAAAAACUGGCCAAAGAAUGGUGCUUCAAACCAUGUGAGAUCAGAGAGCUGAGUCACCAUGAGUUCUUCAUACCAGGCCUUGUUGAUACACAUAUCCAUGCCCCUCAGUAUGCCUUUGCUGGAAGCAAUGUCGACCUGCCACUUUUGGAGUGGCUGAACAAGUAUACAUUUCCCACAGAACAAAGGUUCCAGAGCACUGAUGUGGCUGAAGAAGUGUACACUAGAGUUGUCAGGAGAACACUAAAGAAUGGCACCACCACUGCUUGCUACUUUGGAACAAUUCACACUGACUCAUCCCUGAUCCUUGCGGAAAUUACAGAUAAAUUUGGACAGCGAGCAUUUGUGGGCAAAGUGUGCAUGGAUUUGAAUGACACUAUUCCAGAAUACAAGGAGACCACCGAGGAGUCAGUCAAGGAGACAGAGAGAUUUGUGUCAGAAAUGCUCCAAAGAAAUUACCCAAGAGUGAAACCCAUAGUGACCCCGCGCUUUUCCCUUUCUUGCACGGAGACUCUGAUGAGCGAACUUGGCAACAUCGCCAAAACCCAUGAUCUAUAUAUCCAGAGCCAUAUAAGUGAAAAUCGUGAAGAAAUUGAAGCCGUGAAGAGCUUAUACCCUGGUUACAAAAACUACACAGAUGUCUAUGAUAAAAACAAUCUUCUGACAGACAAGACAGUGAUGGCACAUGGCUGCUACCUUUCUGAAGAAGAGCUUAAGAUCUUCAACGAACGAGGAGCAUCCAUUGCACAUUGUCCCAACUCUAACCUGUCGCUGAGCAGUGGCUUACUGAACGUGCUUGAGGUCCUGAAGCAUAAAGUGAAGAUAGGGCUUGGGACAGAUGUGGCUGGUGGUUACUCCUAUUCCAUGCUCGAUGCCAUCCGAAGAGCAGUGAUGGUUUCCAAUGUCCUCUUAAUUAAUAAGGUGAAUGAGAAAAGCCUCACCCUCAAAGAAAUCUUCAGACUAGCCACUCUUGGAGGGAGCCAAGCCCUGGGGCUCGAUAGUGAGAUUGGAAACUUUGAAGUCGGCAAGGAAUUCGAUGCCCUCUUGAUCAACCCCAGAGCAUCGGACUCUCCCAUUGAUCUGUUUUAUGGAGAUUUUGUUGGUGAUAUUUCUGAGGCUGUUAUCCAGAAGUUCCUCUAUCUAGGAGACGACCGAAAUAUUGAGGAGGUUUAUGUGGGUGGAAAGCAGGUCGUUCCAUUCUCCAGCUCAGUGUAAGGCCCUUGGACAGCCACGACACUCUCCUGGGAAGACAUGAUUCUGCGAUCUUCCUCGUGCCCAGGGAUCAAUUAGAAAGUAUACUUUUAAAAAAAGUACCAUGUUUCUUUGGACGACUUCUGUUCCUGCGUCUCCUUCCAAUGCUCACUUGGUAAAUUGUUUGAAGGGAGUGCACUGCUUCUCCGCUCUGGUCCAGGAGCAUUCAUAAUUUCAUGACAGUGCCUCCUGCUGGGCUGCUCAGAUUUGCAUUCUGCUCAUAGAGAAGGCAGUGUUAACAGCUGGCAAUGUGCUUCUAACAGUGAAGUAAAACCUUUCCAUAUAGGGAAAUACAGGGCGGCGAGGAGAUCUCCCUAUGUGGUUAGACAUGCUAUGCUAAUGACUGAGCAAAUUAGGAAACUCCAGUAUGGACCAGUGAGCAGAUUUUUAUGAGAGGGCACAAGCUAGACAUUGAAAAGACAUUGGAAAAUCAUUGGUUGUGCUUAGAAAUUAAAUAUUGAGAACACUCUUGUAAAAAAAGAGAACUUACUGGAUUGAAAACGUGAUUCUAGACUGACCUUAUCUAUGGAAAUUAGCACUUUGUGAAAUUUGCAUUUCAGGGUGUGUUAGUGUCAUGCUUCCCCUUUUUGGGAUGAAUGUCAGAACCCGAAUGCCACAUGCUUUUCAAAUAGAGUUCUAUGCUUCAAAAUGUUUGACAGAAGUUGAGUAUUAAAGAUUUAAAAUCUCUUAGGGAUAGUAUUCAUAUAGCCACAAGGCAUAAAUUGUUGUGUUUUUGUGUACUUCAAAGUCAUCUUGAUUCCUGGCUGUGAGGUGUUGCAGUUGCUUCUAUUUUAUUAGAUGAGAAACAAGCCCUGUGUACGUUGCUGCUCUGUAGACUGGAGUCUUCAUAAAUAGGGGAAGUGGUGUAUUCCCCUGAGCUGUUAACAGUAACAGGACAGGAUUUUUUGCAAUGCUUAAUCUACCCAACCCAAUGUUUCAUUGUUGCUGUACAGUUCACCCUCCUGUCAAUGUGCUAGAACUUAAAAGCCAAGAGCAAGUCCCUUAAAGAAUUAUGGAUAAGGCUCUGUAAGGCCGGUAUAUUGAAAGAACUCUGUUUUAUUUUUUUUAAUUUAUCAAAUUGUCUUUGUAAUUCUUUAAGAUUUUUCUGGCAUUAAAAUCUUAGAAUAGUGAAAAGGAUAUAAAAAUCCCAUUUAGUAUUUAUAUUUCUAGGACUUAUCUGUACUAGACAUCAAGGAAUAUUAAACAAAAGAGGGCCUUUUAGCUUUUCUAACUAACAUAGUGUCCCUUCUCAUACCAGAACUAAAACCAGGUCAUCAGCAUGUGGCACACCCUUAGGAAGCAGUGAUGUGGAUCUACUUAAAUACUACAUUCUUCUUAAUUUAUUCCACCUCCUAUAAACAAGCAAGGACCAGGAACAGGCUUUAAUAACAUUUCAUUUCAUUCCUACGGUUUAGGUGAGUUUCCAUUUUAUCUUAUAACAGAAAAAUCUUUAGUCAGUAGAGUCAGUUUUCACAUCUAAGAACACACUCCUCUGCUUUCCAUGCUAACUCAGCAGUAACUUAUCCAGAUCUAUUUUCCUGGUAGAAGCACUUUUGGAUCUGGUUGUGUAUACAUUAUAUCUAAAGAUGGUACACAUUUUAGGUCUUAUUUUGUUUUAUUAAAAAAAAAAGACAGAACUUGUUUUGUGGGAUAUAAGGGAGUAAAUCCAAUGUUUCUAGCACAUCAGAAGUAUCAAAAAGAUCUGCCAAAUCCCCCUCCCCCAUUUCUCUCUGAGACUAGCAAGUAUUUUAGGCAGUGUCUUUGACUCUUGCCAAAGGGUUUGCAGAUCCCACACUCGUCCUCCUUAAGGGUGUGCAUUUUGAUGUUGAGCAUCAGCUUUUAUUUAAACUUAAGACUCACAUGCAGUAAUAAAAGUAAAUUUAAUUUGGGAAGCAGGAAUGACAGUGGUCAUGUAAUAACAUCCUGUCGAGCACUCAGAUUAGUCCUGAUAAUGUGUUGCCAGCUGAAUAACUUCUAAUAACAAUAAGGUGUUGAAGUGUUUACAUGUACUUUGAUCUCCCUGCAUCACUUAUAACAUAUGUGUUUAGUUCCUCAAGUGAAGUGUUCAUGAGUGUUACUUAUGCUUGUUUGAGUGUCCCACACACGGGACCAGAUGUCCUGCACUUUGAAAUGCUGUGUUCACCUAAUAAUGUAGGUUGACUUUCCUAAUUAUGGAUAGGCACUGUUCCAAGCCUAUCCCAGUUGUCACUUUAUGUUUGAAUGGUUUGCUCUCUUUAGAAGAAAGGAAAAGAGAAACAAAGAGAGGGGAAGGGAGGGAGGGAGGGAGAGAGAGGGGAAGAAGAAAGGAAGGAAGGAAUGAAUGAAUGAAUGAAGGAAGGAAGGAAGGAAGGAAGGAAGGGAUGAAAGAAGAUUAAACAAUUAUCCUGCCUAUUCCAUGCCAUUUGAAUAAUUUCUCUAGAGUUUUUGAUUGACUUCAUUGUAAAAGAUUAGAAGGCAUUAAAAGUUAUCAUGUGUGUUAUAUUUAUAACAUAUUCUUGCAGUCAAAACACAAAAGUAGACUAAUCAAGUUGAAUUCGAUUUUCAAAAAAAGGGGGGGGGGGGUCGGGGCAUUAAAAAUAAGAGGUUAGAACCCAAGAGGUCAUUCUAAUCUAUGGAGCCAAAGGGGCUAGAUUCCUCUAUUGUACUCUCUUAGCUGGUUCUUUAUUUGCACUGUCUCAGAGGGUGUGAAUUUCUUUGCUUCUUGAGCGAAAAUAUUUCAAGACAAAUGAAAGGAAAUGUUAGAAAACCCCCUCUUCAUUGCUUUGCUGGUUUUGAGGUGUGCCCUCGAAUAUCCCGCAAAAUCAUACAAAGCAACAUGACUGCCAGAUCUGGCAAUGUGUUCUAAAUCUUCACUCUCUACCAGAUUAUUUCUAUUUUUAAGCUGUUUUACUUCAGAAGCAGACAUAUGGAAAGCCUUCCAGGCACGCUGGAGAGCACAUUGGAUCAGUUCUGUCAGUGUGUAUAUGUGGGAGAUACCCAGAACCACAUGCUUCUGCAGUCUGGUGGACAGCUCUUAAAGUUGCUGUUGCUGGACUAUCCAAAUAUUUGAAAAGAGUUAUCUUAGGUGUUAACAGGUAGAAGGAGACGUGUAUCAUGGGCAAUGACUUGAAAUAAAUCUUAUAUUACAGGGACUCUAUGAUAUAAAACAAAAAUUAAAGACCGAAAAGAGAUGUUUGCAAUUUCUAAUCUACUAGCUGCUGCAGGUAUGACUUUGCACAAUACACUUUAUAAUGUCUCCAGAGAAAGUACAAAAACACUUCUAAAGACAUGGGAAGAAGCAGAUAGGGGAGAGGUCAUUGAGAGAAAACGCUUGAUAUUCGUUACCAUGCAUGAUUUCAAGUCUACCCCACCUUCCUGCCUAUCUCCAGCACUGAACAUGAGAGAUGGACAUUGAAGGGUUAGUUUGUGGACCUAGUCCAAAUUUAAUGAAAUGCAAAGCCAAGAAAGUUAACAAGGAAAUUAAAUAUAAUUUCUAAGCAGGGACUUACGAGGUUACUUGAGCAACCAAUCAUUAUGAAUUUCUGUUAUUUGGCAGUGACUUAUCUGUCUAUUUCUUACCCAAAAAGCCCAUCAGAAGGCAUUCCUUACAUUAUUGUUAACCUCUUGAUUGCUGUUCUUAAGGAUAGAUAUAUAUACAUAUGUGUAUGUAUUCAAGGGGACAUCCUUCCCCCCAGUAUCUGUAUGAUUUGCUUAUUGUUAACGUACUAAGAAGCUCCUUUGUGCACCAGGAAAAGAAAAUAAAUGACAUUUUGUGUUUCCA